CCACGCUGCUAGAUUUGUCAGAAUCCAGGUUCACACAAAGCGGUCCAGUUUAAACCUGGAUUCACCAAUCAGCUCGUCUCAAUCCGAAAAACAACAAACAUUUCUCUUCGGUCAAGGCACUCAAACUCAGAUGCUCUCUGGUCCUUCGGCAGCGUUGGUUGUUCUUUGGUUUUCUGGAGCCUUUUCAGCAUGUUUUACUACCCGGCUGUUUUAAACCGGCGCUCGGGAUGUUUCGCUACCAUCUGGCUGGUUGCCACAAAAGGCAUCAAGGUUCCUCGCAGAGAUAUCCUGGGGGUCAAUGUGAAAAGGACUUGCGACGACAUCAUGAACUAUCUGCUGGAGAGAGUUGCUCCACCUCAACCAGGUCUGCCAAAACCACGCUUCUCCCUCUACCUCUCCUCACAGCUGCAGUACGGCGUGGUGUUGGUCUUCCACCGGCAGUGUACCAUCCUUCUGGAAGAAAUUCAGUCCAUCGUGGAACAGCUGUUGAAACAAAGGAGCUUGCAGAAGAUUGAUUUGGACGACCAAAGCAGGCAAACUAGAGACCUGGCCGAUGCCCUGUCUCUGAUGGAGGACACCGAAGGAGCUCUGGAUCCUUUAUUUGGAGUCAUGCACCUCAAAGACAUGGUCCCCAGCCCCACUAUGCUGAUACAGAUGAGCCGAGAGUAUCUGAGAGAAGCCUCCCCCGAGCUUCACGAACUGACCAGCCCACCUGCCUCUGAUGCUCCAGACCUGAGAACUGACAUUACUGCGUCUCCAGACUCCAUCACUCUGAAGGAGACGGAGCCCGCCGCGAUCACUACUGCAGAGUUUGAGGGGGAGGACUUUGAUGGUCACCUUCCAGAGACUAUCCAUAUCCUCUUCGACCAAGAUGAUCACUUUCCAGAAGGAGGUCUGGAGACACCAGCGGAGGAGACGAGAGAGCUGGAGAGGGCAGAAAGAGAGGAGGAGAAGGAGAGGGCUAAGGAAACGACAGAGUCCACCACUGAGCUGCAGCCCACCACGGUCUCCAGUGAGACCCCUGAGCUCCUGCCGCAGGAGGAGCCGGCUCCAUCUUUGGAAGUCUUCUCGCCUCCCAGAGAGCAGCUCACCCCGGUGUCAGCGCCCGGCCUCCCCUCACCGCCCACGUCAGCGAGGGGCCGACUCAGGAGCCCAGAGCUGGAGGAGGUCCAGCCAGAGGCGAAACGAAGGAGGAGGAGGAGGCAGCUGGUCUUCUUCGACCCAGAGACGCAGCUCUCGGAGAAGCAGCAGCACGAGUGGAUUGAAGACCCUCAAACCGAGACCAGGACGCCGCAGCGUCCCCUGCCUCCCUCUCACAGGAUCACACCUGCCGCCGAGCUCCUGGCCAAUCCCUGCUGCUUCCUGCCUGAGGAGAUUGAGGCUCUGUGGAGACGGGCGGCAACCAUAACGCCGCUGUCGGGCUCGGACCUCCGGGUCGGGGAGGGGGGGCCGGAGUCCAGCGACUCGGAGAGGGAAAGAGAGCGGGAGAUGAUGGAGGUGGCGGAAGCAGAGGAGCAGAGACUCAAGGAGAUCACCACAGAGGUUCAGAGAGGGAUGGUGGAUUCUGAGAUUUUGAGAAUUUCAGCUGAGGAAACCCUAACUCUGGAGGCUUCGGACCAGAAGGAGGCGUCUCGGGAGAUUUCCCCUCUGUACACAUCCGAGAGAGAAGGGUCUGUGGUCUCCUCUGUGCUGCAGGACAUCCCGGAGGCCAUGGAGGAGAUGAUGGAGGGUCCAGCUGUCGAAUAUCCUUGGCUUUUGCCCGAGCAAGAAGGGGAGCCCGUGCUUUUUCGCUCCCUUUUGCCACCGGAGGUCAACCGGAGAGCCGUCAGCAGCAUCUUCCAGAGGCUGCUGGAGGAUUUGUCCUCCGGCAGGAUCCGUGCUGAGCAGAACCGGCCUUACGGAGAAAUCAGGAUCUUGCGCGGAUCCAACGACCCAGAGAUGGAUCUGCCGUCGUAAUCCGCUCUCUGCUGGGACCAUCUCUCUCUGUUCACUUUCUUCCAACCACAACUCCAAAAAUUCAACAGCCUGCUUGUAUGCCGUUUUAAAAGU